CAGGAAAGAGUAAACGAAUGGCGAGAAGAACAACGCACACGAAGAUUAGUAUCUACUUACUCCAUACACGGUACCCAUAAUUACUUUCUGGUAGUGUCGGGCGCUGAAUGCGACCAUCAGCUCCAAACGAACGGUACUAGCCCGCCCAGGUUUAGGAUUAUCUGGAAAUCGAUGAUUUGCGGGUUCGCGUACGCACUUGUAAUUUCAGCACCGGUUGAGGGUGGGCUUGGCAGGUUGUCGUGUGAGUUCUGUCCUCCAAUUCUCCUCGGCAAACAAAUCAGGCGGAAUAUGCGGAAAGGACGUGUGGAAAGUGGCAAGAAGACUCCCCCGUCAGUCCAUUCUUUGGGAGUGGGAAAGGACAAAAAGGAUCAUAUUCGAUGCAGGUAUCGGGUGAGGAUAUCAUCAGUCGAUAUAUUUGCAAUUUUUUUAUCUUAAGUACUUCUGUAAUGUGUGCAGGGUGCAGGACCAAGCGCAAUGCUAAGCGUCGACAGGGGAGCCAAAG